ACUUGUCUCCCCGCCUUAAUGCUUCUCCUUUCGCAUUGCCGGCAAAAGAAACAAAAAAAAAAUGAAGAUCGUGACGUACAACGUGAACGGCCUGAGACCACGCAUCUCGCAGCACGGCUCUCUCCUCAAACUCCUCGAUUCCUUCGACGCUGACGUCAUCUGCUUUCAGGAGACCAAGCUUCGCCGCCAGGAGCUCACCGCCGAUAUCGUCUCGGCGGCCCGGUACCAGUCCUUCUUCUCCUGCUCAUGCGCCUCCGACCGCGGCCGCCGCGCCGGAUAUUCCGGCGUCGCUACCUUUUGCCGCGUGAAAUCUGCGUUCUCGAGCGCGGAGGCGGCGCUGCCGGCGGCGGCGGCGGAGGGAUUCACCGGAGUUCUCGAGAGUUCGCCUGCGGUUGCGCCGGGGCUUGAGGAGUUCGAGAGAGAUGAGCUUCUUAGGGUUGAUUGCGAGGGACGGUGCGUUGUGACUGAUCACACUCAUUUUGUUCUGUUCAAUUUGUACGGGCCUCGAGCGGAAUCCGAUGAUUUGGAAAGGAUUGAGUUUAAGCUCAAAUUCUUUAAGAUAAUGCAGAAAAGAUGGGAGUCUUUGCUGCGUCAAGGAAGGAGGGUAUUUGUUGUUGGUGACCUUAACAUUGCACCCACUAGUUUAGAUCGUUGCGAUGCAGGACCAGAUUUUGAAAAUAAUGAGUUUAGACGAUGGUUUAGAUCAAUGUUAGUGGACAAUGGAGGCGCUUUCUUUGAUGUUUUCAGAGCAAAACAUCCCGAUAGAAGGGAUGCAUACACAUGCUGGCCGCAAAAUACAGGUGCUGAAGAAUUUAAUUAUGGGACAAGAAUUGACCACAUUCUAUGUGCUGGAUCAUGCUUGCACCAAGAGCAGGACCAGAAAGAUCACAGCUUCUUCACUUGCCAUGUUGAGGAGUGUGACAUAUUGACACAAUAUAAACGGUGGAAACCUGGAAACACACCAAGGUGGAAAGGAGGACAGCGCAUCAAGCUUGAAGGUUCUGAUCAUGCUCCUGUUUAUACAAGUUUACGGCAAAUUCCUAGCGUCCCCCCACACAACACGCCGUCUUUAUCUUGCAGAUACAUCCCUAUGGUUUAUGGUGUCCAGCAAACUCUUGUCUCAACAUUGAUGAGAAGACAAGUUUCCAAACAAAUUAAGUCCUCCUAUGAAGUGUCAAGUUCAUCUCCAGAUGGAGAUAUCACUUUAGAAGGUUGCACUAAUAGAGAGAAGAGAGCCUUUGACCAAUGCAGUUUACCUGGUGUGCCUCCUGCCAAUCCUUGCUCUUUUUCAAGCCAAGAGUCCGAAGUUCUAAUUUCAAGAGAAGAUAUGGACUUGGGUUCAGGCAACGAAGUUUCUUGUGAAACCUCAAGUUGUCUGGUUGGUGCCUGCACCGCCACAACAAAGAAAAAGGCAAAGAAAAACCAAUGGUCCCAACUCACACUGAAGUCAUUUUUCCAGAAAAGUACAAUCCUUAGCAAUAGUAUCGAUAAUGAAAUAGAUACUUCAGCGAGUCGGGCUGAUUUCGUUGAGCCUAGUCAUCAGUCAAAUGAUCCUCCUAUUGGGGAGGAUCAAAGUGAGAACAUCAAUCAACGGGAUGGUCCUAAUCAGUGUGACUUCAACUCUAGUGCAUCAACUUGGGAUCAGGAUGAAGUGAAGAACUGUUCUUCAGAGAAGAAUACUGUUGCUUUAAUGGAGUGGCAAAGGAUACAGCAGAUGAUGCAGAAUAGCAUACCCCUUUGCAAGGGCCAUAAAGAAGCUUGUGUUGCUCGAGUUGUGAAGAAACAAGGUCUGAAUUUUGGUCGCCGAUUUUACGUCUGUGCACGUGCUGAGGGACCUGCAUCUAAUCCCGAAGCAAAUUGUGGUUAUUUCAAAUGGGCUGCUUCAAAAUCACGAGGAAAAUAAUGACGGGAAUCAUUUCUGCCAAAUUUUUUGUUGAGUGAUGUCAAGCUUUUAUUUUUAUUUUUUUUCUCGAUCUUCUAGAUGG